GGAAGACAGAGCAGAGAGCAGAGAUGCUCCAGCCCCUCCGCUGCCCGGCUCUUGCUCUGGCUGGGUUUUGCUCGGAGCUGCCGUGUGAAAGAGAAGCGGGUUAAUGCACCUCUUUCCAAUCUGCGUGCGUGCGUGCGUGCAGCUGAGUCCCCUUCUUUUCUUUUAUUUUUCAGCCUUUCAUUUCCCCUCCCCCUUUUGCUCUCCUAUUUCUCCCUCUGAAUUAGCUGCCCACCUUUCCCUUACAAAUCACACCGACAGCAUAGGCUGGGUUUUCAGGGUGGUGUUUCCUGCCCAAAAUGGAGAGGUGGGGAGGAGGAGAGAUGCCUGAAUCCUGCAGCCGCAUCCCCGGAGCUCGGGGAGCAUCUCCCGGUCGGGCUGAAGAGAUGCGGGAAGCAGCAUGCUCGGCUUUCCGCACUAGUUAACAGCCUGGAAGCUGCCUCCGCUUGUUUUAGGCUCGCUCGCUUAAUCUCAGCUCCCCUCGGCGCGUGUGUGCUUGUGUGUGUGUGUGUGCAGGGGGAGGACUUUAUUGCCAUUGGCUCAGCUUUCGCUGCCCACCCACAUCUCUUCCACAUCACCUUGGUGUCUCCCUAAAUAAAACCAGCCCUCCUUAUCGCGCCGAGGAAAUCAAGAGCAAGAGUUUGAAUGGAUUUUAUAUAAAUAUUUACCCCGACGAAGCUACUGCUGAGCUCGUGGGAUAAACUCGCAGCAGCUGGUCUCACUCUGCUUCCCUUGCCUGCCUCUGAAAGGGUUUAAUUACUUUGGAGAGGAGAGGGGAGAGAUCCAGAUCCCAGUUCUGGCUCCAGACUGACCCAAAAAGCAGGACCAGGAUUUAAAUGAACUAUGGAUCUGAAGGACAGCACCAGCGAGGGCAGCAUGGGCAGCCUGCAGCCUUCCAGCAUCCAGAUUUUUGCCAACACCACCACGCUCCACGGGAUCCGUCAUGUCUUCGUCUACGGGCCGGUCACCAUUCGGCGCCUGCUCUGGACCUUGGCCUUUGUGGGCUCGCUGGGUCUGCUCCUGGUGGAGAGCUCGGACAGGGUGGCUUUUUACUUCUCCUACCAGCAUGUGACCAAAGUGGACGAGGUGGUGGCAAACAGCCUGGUGUUUCCUGCUGUCACCAUCUGUAACCUCAACGAGUUCCGCUUCUCCCGGCUCACCACCAAUGACCUGUACCAUGCUGGGGAGCUCCUGGCGCUGCUGGAUGUCAACCUGCAGAUUCCCAACCCUCACCUGGCUGACCCUGCUGUCUUAGCUGCCCUCCAAGAAAAGGCCAACUUUAAGCAGUAUAAACCCAAAGUUUUCAGCAUGCAAGAGUUCCUGGCACGGGUUGGCCACGACCUGAAGGAUAUGAUGCUGUACUGCAAGUUCAGGGGCCAGGAGUGCAACCACAAGGACUUCAAAACUCUGCCACUGGAUGGGAGUAACAUGGAGCCCCAAACAGCACAGGUGUGUGGUGUGGCCAUGCAGGGAGGAGGAGAAGCCUUGAAGCCAGUACUUGGCACCACCCCAGCUCGGACCAGCCAUCCAGGGAGGGAUUCACUGAGGGUCCUUCAGCACAGGCAUUGCCCAGGAGGUGCCACCUGCUCAGGCACUGCUGUGAGAAGAGGACAGUGGUUCAGGAGUGACUGCAGGAGGAGCAGAGCACCCACUGCACUGAAUCCCCCAGGCUCUUGUGAAGAACCAGUUCACAGUCUGUGCUUUGAGGACAGAUCAUUAUACCGGAUUUGGAUUUCAGACAGCCUUUGGAUACCACCUUUCCCUGUUCCCUGAAAGAGCUGUCAUCUCUAGGUUAAGAAAUGACUAGAAAAUGCAAUGUCAAGAGCAAGGCUUCCUCCACCAGCUCCCAGAAGAUCCAGCUGCUGCAUGACAGACUCACAUCGUCACUUGAAAACUUUUCCCAAACAGAGCUCCUCUGCAUCAUUUGUUUCUGCCCAGGUGGGCACCAAAGUGCAGGCACUGAAAUGAUCCUGAAUGCAUCCCUCAGUUCCUUGUUUCUGUGGCUGUGGUGGCAUCUCUUCUUACUGUGUGUCAGGUAGAUGUGAAGGUGCAGUGUGAGGUGCCCUCAGGUGCAGUGUGAGGAGGAGAAGCUGCUCUCCCAUGAAGCAUCUCCUCUGUGGCUCUAGGUGGGGAUGUCUGGCUGAUGGCUGCAAGAUUUGGGUGAUGGUUGCAGGCAGUUCUUGUUCAGGACAGCUCAGGCUGUCCCCUCACUCUGUAACACCACAUUCCUGUCUGGGCUGAGCAGAAUUGGGAAACUGAUGGGCAGGUGAAGGUGGCUGAGCCCCCUCUGGAGAGGGGUCAGGGUGGCAUCUGCUCCCAGUGGAAUGUGCUGAAAGGGAGAGAUUUGGGUUCCCUACUUCAGUACAGAACGGGCUGGGAACACAGAGCAUUUAUCCAGGUGUUUCACAAGUGAUACUGGCACUGAACGAACUCUGAUGACAGCUGCAAGGAUUUCACUAAAAACUCUCCUGGCAGCAUGGUGCCUCCUCAGCUCCAGGAGUGUGCCCUUCCUGAGUCUUUGGGAAUCACAGAAUCACAGAAUUUCUAGGUUGGAAGAGACCUUUAAGAUCAUCGAGUCCAACCCGUGUU